AAAUGAUGAUCGACCACGCACGUGAAAAGUUCAAAAGCACAUUUAUGCCUGGUCGCAAAUUAUGUAUUGACGAAAGUAUUGUGCCAUUCAAAGGGCGACUAGUUAUGAAACAAUACUUACCUAAAAAACGUAAUAGAUUUGGCAUAAAACUGUUUGUUUUAUGCGAUGUCAAAACCGGUUACAUAGUGGAUUUCAUAGUAUACUGUGGAGUCGAAACUCAAGUUGAGCUCUUACAAAAUUUAGGUUUAACUGGAUCAGUUGUAAAUGAACUAUUAAAAGACUAUUAUUAUUGCAACCGAGAAUUAUAUGUAGAUAACUGGUAUUCCAGUCCUCGGCUUUUUCUUCAUUUACAUCAAAGGGGCACAUACGCAUGUGGCACCGUAAAGUCUAAUAGGAAGGGAAUGCCAAGCUUCGAAAGACUGAAACGUGGGGAAACCGCAGCUUACGCAUCACCUCCGCUUUUGGCUCUUAAAUGGCAAGAUAAAAAAACAGUUUUAAUGUUGUCGACGUUUCAUGAUGAUAAAAUAGUUCCAUCAAACAGUGUAGACUACUCCACUGGGUUGCCCAAACUAAAACCACAGUGUGUAGUGGACUACACAGGAAAUAUGGGAUCGGUUGACACUUCUGAUAUGAUGACCAGUACGUUAGGCUGUAUCAGAAAAUCAAAAAAAUGGCAUAAAAAGCUGGGUUUCCAUGUAAUUGACAUGUUUAUGCUCAAUGCUUUCUUUUUGUUUAAAAUUAUGAAAAAUAAUACAAACUGUAGUUUUGCUGAUUUUCAGUUAAGCGUUAUCAGACAACUAAUAGAAAAAUAUAAACAACCUGCUAUAAUCCAGCCUUCUACAUCACGCGGCAUCAUUGAUCCUUUCCGAUUUUUACAUCAAGAUUCCUUACAACAUUUUCCUGUGAAAAUACCAAACCGAAAAUCGCAAAGGUGUAAAAUUUGCGCAUCAAAGAAAAAAAGAUCUGAAACGCGUUUUAUGUGCAGAAAAUGCAAUGUGUAUCUGUGUGUAGAUCCGUGUGCUACUGAAUACCAUAAAACUACAGGAAAGAUUGAAGAGAGCUAA